GGAGCUACGAAGGGUAUAAAGAGGCAGGUGGUCCAGGAAGGAGGCAGAUACAGGAGGCAGAAGCCAGGAGAGGAAGACAGCCUGCGAGCGAGAUCUGCAAGCCCACCAAGAUGCCUGAGACCUCACUUCCAGUCUACGUCCUCUGCCUACUCACCUUGUCUUCGGCUUGCUAUAUCCAGAACUGCCCUCGGGGAGGAAAGAGAGCAUUCCCAGACACAGAAGUCAGACAGGUAAGGAGAGAGAGAGAGAGAGAGAGGAUCUCAGUUGAUGCACCUGCAAAUCUCAAUUGAUGUGCCUGUCUCCAAAAGAGACUGCUUUUCUGCUCCUUUGCUGGUUAUGGGGGAAUUGUUCCAAAGGUGUCUUUGUGUCCCUAAUCCCUUUUCUGCUUUGCUCUGCCUCUCAGACCUGUUUCUGCUCUACAGGGAUGGAGCACUGCUCCUUAUGGAAGAGAGAGAGGUGCUGCAACUACUGUAGCAAAAGAGGGAAGGAAUGCUCCCUCAAGGCUGCAGAGACGACCCUUCCUUUAAAGGACAUUUAAAGCGCACCCGCCCCAAAUCCUGGGAAUGGCAGUCUACCCCUCACAGAGCUACCCAGGACCCUUAACAAACUACAAUUCCCAGGAUUAUUUAGGUGCUUUAAAGGUGUUCUGAACACACGGGUUGUGUGCUGCCGUAGAUUUAUAUGUCUAUAUGAGAGGGAGAUAAGACAGUAAGCAUCUUAGGAAAGACUUUAAUUUAGUAAUGGUGUGGGGAUCUUGAAGCACAGCUUUCAACCUUCCAUGCCGGCCCAUUUCUGUUGCCUGUGUUAAGUGCUGCUCUUCUCUGUACUUCUGUUCCCUAGAGAAGCUUGCAGGGCUAGCAGAGCCAAGUGUGGUUGCUUGGGGUUCAGAUUGGGCCCACAGCUUGCCACUAGCCCAUAGGUUAGACAUGUGUCAGUCACCCUGCUUUAUUUAUCUGUGAGCUGGACAUUGUGAAACCCUCGCUCGAGGGAAGCAACCAUGUGAUGCUCUGUGCACAACCCAUGCACUAGAAACAUUGCAGAUUAAAUUUAUAAGCAUUUUUCAUACCAGCACUCGUACUGAAGUAUUUAUUCCCUUUUGAUGCUCUUUUUCCAAGCUGCAUAGCAAGUACACUGCCUUCCUGCAAGACCAUUCCUUUGCAGAGGCCUCUUCGGUGAUGCGCAUGCAAUUAAUGCCUCAAUAAUUAAAUGUGAGUGUGGUGCAAGCCUAUACAUAGCUACUCAAAGGUAAAAGUAAAGGGACCCCUGAGAUUGUGGAUGACUCUGGGGUUGCGAUGCUCAUCUCGCUUUAUUGGCCAAGGCAGCCGGCGUACAGCUUCCGGGUCAUGUGGCCAGCAUGACUAAGCCACCUCUGGAGAACCAGAACAGUGCACGGAAAUGCCGUUUACUUUCCUGCCGGAGCGGUACCUAUUUAUCUACUUGCACUUUGUGCUUUCGAACUGCUAGGUUGGCAGGAGCAGGGACCGAGUAACGGGAGCUCACCCCGUCGCAGGGAUUUGAACUGCCGACCUUCUAAUCGGCAAGCCCUAGGCUCUGUGGUUUAGACCACUGCGCCACCCGCGUCCCAAAAGUAAGCUUUAUUGAGUUCAAUAGGACUUGCAACCAGGUAAGUAAGUACAGGAUUCAGUGGCGUAGCGUGGGUUGUCAGCACCCGGGGCAAGGCAAAUAAUUUGCACCCCCUAACCCGUGGAUUUGCGCCCCCUAACCCUAACCCCCAGAUGUUGCGCCCGGCCCCCCCUGCACCCCCACGCUACGCCACUGACAGGAUUGCAACCUUGAUCGCACAAAGCAAGGGUGGGGAAGCUGAAGUCCUCCAGAUGUUGUUGGACUACAACUCCCAGUAUCCUCUGGGGCAUUUGGCCAUGUUCCCUGGGGGUCUGAUGUGAGCUGCAAUGCAACACCAGCUAGAGAGCCGCAUGUCCCCAUCCCUGAAUUUAAGCUCCUAGCCCUACUGCUUUUAACCACUUUCUCUGCACACAGACCAGUGCAGCGUUGCCAACUGAUAAGAAGAAAAGGGCCUGGUCUGCUCUUGUGCCUUUAACAGCAACUUAAAGUGAGCAGGUGGUUUUCCCAGCAUGACCGUCUAUUAUUGGAUGGUGUCUGCACAUCAGGCACACCAGCGGAAAAGUUGGGAAACUCACUCCAGUAGGUGUGCGUACGAAAAAGGAAUCUUCCCCCUGGCUUUUAGAUGCUCCGUGUUCAAAGCGAUUCUUCCAUUGUAGCACAACUUCUGAGUUAACCCAUUUUCUCCAAACAGCCGUUUUUAUUAAGUUGUGCUGCUCUUCUGAAGAGACCUUUUAUGAAUGAAUGAGGGCCAUUAAAACAAGUAACCGUUUACGACUGAGGUGCACCAAAGGCGUUUCAUCCGUGUUAAGCAAUAAUUGAAUGAUUCUCUUGCCCCAGAUGUGCCCAGUCAACGGCUUCAGUCUGUGGGACUGGCACUGUUACAAGCGAUCAGCCUUUUAGUGUGGCAACACACAAACUUUGGAACUCCCUAUUGACAGCAGACAGUUCCCUUUGCUGUACUGUUUUCAGCACCUACUUAAAACACUUUUUUUUAGAUGAUUUUAAUACUUUUUGCAAAUUGCUUAAAUGCUUCAUUACAAUCAAGCGGGAUUUGUUAAAGAAAUAAAUACUAAUUGGUGAGGAUCAGCUUGUUGAAAUAAACAUUCACAUUUGCACUUGGUUCAAAUGAAGAUACCUGGUGUGAUUGGAGUAAAAAGAAAGUCCAUUUCUGAACCUUGCUAAAAAGAAAAUGGAUUCAGAGAGAGGCACAUCACUCGGCCUGGUAAAUGUGGUGAGAAAUAUUAAAUAUAAAAUGAUUUACUAAUACAAUGCCAGUAUGAAAUCCUUCCCCCCAAGGAUGGAACCGUACACCACCUUGAACUCCUUUGAGAAAAGGUAGGAUAUAAACAUUGUCAUAAUAAUGAUAGUGUGCAUUAAAUUCAGUGUGUCUACCCUGAGUAAAAUUAAGUGGGAUGUCACCCCUGGUGUUUACACACCAUAGACAAUAUGCAUAGGACUGUAGCCUCAAAUGGUUUUGAAAGGGGAAUUGGAGAAAUCCAUCCUGGGGGACAGGUCUGUGUUAGCCAGCAUGGUUGGAUGAAAACUCCAGCUUCAGAGGCAAUAUACCUCUGAAUACCAGUAGCCAAGGCAGGGACAGGGAUCCCCCUGCUUGUGGGGUACCUGGCAGCACCCGGCUUGUUGCCGUGGGACAGGGAACGUUGGUCUGGAUGGAUUUUCGUGAGCCCUGCUGGAUCAGACCAAACACCCAUCUAGUUCAGCAUACCUGUAGUCACGUUGCCGUAGCCAGACUCAAACUCAGCACCACCCCUCACUCUCUGUCUCUCUCUCUCUCUUAGUGCAUUCCUUGUGGUCCUGGAAAGAAAGGAAACUGCUUUGGCCCCAGCAUCUGCUGCGGAGAAGAAUUUGGCUGCUACUUUGGCACCCCAGAAACUCUGCGCUGCCUGGAGGAAAAUUACCUGCCUUCGCCCUGCGAGGCCGGUGGGAAGCCCUGCAGUGCAGGAGGGAGGUGUGCAGCGUCCGGCAUAUGCUGCAAUGACGGUAAGGGUAUCUGUGCGUGGGAGAUGAAGCUCAGCAAGAGGGGGUGCUGGAGAGAGGAAGAGGGGGGAUGUGAGUCAGUGGAAAACUACCUCCAAGGCAAAGACACAUUAACUGCUACAAGUCAUGACCAUGAAAAAAGCACACCAAGAACUCUGGCCAAAGUUUCAGUAGUGGGAGUGGUCCCUACUCGCAAAUCAAUAGUCAACUGUAACAAAAACUAACCCAUUCAAAAGUGUGUAUUCUGAAAAGGAUUACAAACUCAAAUAGAGAUUGCAAACUCAAACAGGGAUUACAAACUAAAUCUUGUAGGGAUAUGUAUAACACAAUAAUUUGUUACAGGAUUAGAGAUAAGAGUUUAUGAGUAGAGAUAAGUUCAUGUUAGUCCAUAGAACUCUAUGCCUUUAAGAAGAUCUAGAGGAUCUCAUCUGCCCCCUUAAGCACAUAUAAAAGGUAAUAGGCUUUCCUACAUAUCCUUAUGAGUUUGAGUUUGUAAUCUCUGAGUUUGUAAUCCUUGUCAGAAUACAUACUUUUGAAUGGAUUAGUUUUUGUUACAAUUGACUAUUGAUUUGCCAGUAGGGACCACUCCCACUACUGAAACUUUGGCCAGAGUUCUUGGUGUGCUUUUUCCUUGGUAUAUUUAAUAACAAGAACUGCAACAUAUUUAACAAGUCAUGACCAUAGCAUAACAGAAUUGUAGAACUGGGAGGAACCCUCAAAGGUCAUUUAGAACAGCCCCUGCAAUGACGGAAUCUCAACUAGAUCACGCAAGACAGGUGGCCAUCCAACUUACCUUUAAAAACUUCCAAUGCCAAGCAGCUCUUACGCUCAGAAAGUUCUUCCUAUGUUUAGUCAGAAUCUCCUGUCUGUGGUGACCAGGCACAUGUUUAGUCAGAAUCUCCUGUCUGUGGUGACCAGGCACAUGCUGCAAUAUCGGUAAGGGUAUCCUUGUGCGAGAGAUGAAGCUCAGCAAGAGGGGGUGCUGGAGAGAGGAAGAGGGGGAAUGUGAGUCAGAAAAGUCAAGUGGAAAACCACUGCCAAGGCAAAGACACAUUAACUGCUACAAUUCAUGACCACGGGUCAUUUAGUACAGCCCCUGCAAUGCAGGAAUCUCAACUAGAUCAUACAAGACAGAUGACCAUCCGACUUACCAUUAAAAACUUCCACUGCCAAGCAGCAGAACGUUCUUCCUAAUGUUUAGUCAGACUCUUCUGUCUUGUAUUUGAAUCUAUUGCUUUGGGUCCUGGAGCAGCAGAAGAGAAUCUUGCUCCGUCUUCCAUGGGACAGCCCUUCAGAUAUUUGAGGACGGCUCAUAUCACCUCUCCGUCUUCUCUUCCCCAGGCUAAACAUACCCAACACUCCUUCAACCAUUCCUCAUCAGGCUUGGGUUCCAGACCCUUGGUCACCCUGUUCGCCCUCUUCUGAACACAUUCCAGCUUGUCAAUAUUAAACUGUGGUGACCAGAGUUGGACACAAUGAUCCAGGUUGGGUCUGAGCAAGGCACAAUAGUGGUACUGUUACUUCCUUGGACCUGGAUACUAGACUUCUGUUGAAGCAGCUUAGAUUAGCAUUCACUUUUUUUGCUGCUGCAUCACACUAUUCUCUCAUGUUAAGCUUGUGGUCUCUACUAAGACCCCAAGAUCCUUUUCACAUGUUCUGCAGUCAAGCCGGGUGUCACCCAUCCUAUAUUUGUGCAUCUGGUUAUUCCUGCCUACAUGUCAAACCUUACAUUUGUCCCUAUGGAAAUUCAUUUUUUAAAAAAGUUUGGGCCCAGUUCUCCAAUCUGUGAAGCUCAUCUUCAGUCCUGAUUCUCUGAGGUCUUAGCUACCCCUCCCAGUUUGGUGUCAUCUGCAAAUUUGAUGAUCAUCCCCUCUAUGCCUUCACCCAAGUCACGUAGAACAACAACGGGCCCAGGACAGAACCCUGCAGAACCCCACUUGUCCUUUUCUCCCAGGAUUGCAAGGAACCAUAGGGGAGUCCUUUUGGGCUCAGUUAGUCAAACAGCUACAAAUCCACCUAACAGUUCACAUCCUCUAGGCGACAGUUUACCAGCUUCACUGCAAGAAUACCAGGGGAGACUUUGUGACCAGCCCAAAAGGCUUGCCAGAAGAUUAAAGCACAGAAAAAUUCAUAUAUUUGUUUUACUCCUUUCUUCCACAGAGAGCUGCACCACAGAUGCAGCGUGCGUGGAUGAAAACAGCGACAGGAGUCGAAUGCUCUCUGAAAGGAACCUGACUGUGCUGGACAGCUCGGCAGGGGAUCUCCUCCUCAAGCUGAUGCACAUGGCGAAUGCAAACAGGCAGCAACAGGGGAAGCAGCAGUUUUACUGAAGUCCACGGGGAGGCAGCCCCCAGAACAUCGGUUCUCCAACUUAUAUUUCAGAAUACCCUCAGACAAAGAAGAAUCCCCUAAAUAGCAUAAAGAAGAAAUAAAAAUUGGGAGACGAAAAUGUAAAUACACAGC